AGUCUGGAAGGUUUUGUUCUAUUUGAUUUUUUUUUCUCAAGUUGCGAUCUUCUAUUGAUGAAACUUGUUUCUUGUGAAAAUGCAGAUCGUUUCUGAAAUUCUUAAAUCUGAAAAAAGUAUUCUGCUGCAGAACUAAAUUAUUUAUUGGAGUUUUGUUUACAAAAGUGGAGGCCCAUUCCUUCGAAGUUGAGUUGCUCUUCCGUUAUUGCAGCUUGAAUUCUCAAUUUCUGAAUUUCGAAGUUGCAGAUCACAGAGUAUUUGCAUCCCGAAGACUAAUGAAUUUUAUUUUGGUGUGAUUAUGUUUCCCUUUUCGUUUUUCAUUGGUGGGUUGUGGGAGGGGGCUUGUUCUUUAGCUUUUAGUCUGAAAUCUGUCUACUAACUUUCUGCUAAAAAUGCUUCACUUUCAGGGACCAACGAGAUAGUAAAUUCCUCAGCUCACAACUGAUUGAGUGGUUCCCUUGCUUACUUCGGUGGUUAAUGCUUUAGGAUAUGGCUUAUGCACUUCAAUAUAAAAAAUUAUGUCAGGUUGAAACCAGGAGACGGAUUUUGGUGAUUGGUAUAAUAGGUGCAGCAACUUUAGUAUUUCAGUUUCUAUCUCUUUCCCAUGGGAAUUUUUUAUUGUCUAUGCUACCAGCUAUUAGAGGUCCACUACUUGGAAAAAGAAGCUUUCCAAUUGAAGAUUCAUCCCCUACGCACAUGAUGAUUGGUAAUUUAACCCUUUCAAAUGAUGUGAACUUCAUGGAAUCAUCUUUGGUUCUUGGGAUGGUGAAAGCUUCAGUUAUGGAGAAGCAAAAGGAGGACAGCAAUGAAACAAAAGAUAUGGAUAGAGACCAAAAAAACGAUUAUUCAUCAGAGGAGGCCAUUGACAUGGAAUACAAUCUGGAAUUUGAUGAGGAUCAAGAUUCAUAUAAUGAAACUUCAUUUGGAAAAGCUGUUGAUCCGGUUACAAAUUUCAAAUUGGGUAGUGUAAAUAAUCCAGGAAGUGAUUCUAUACUAGAAAAGGCCAGAGAAACUGAACAUGUUCUUGCAAUAGAGGAAAGUAAGCAAAAGGUUAAUGAUUUAUCAUCCAACAGCACAUUGAGACCAGGCAUCAGUUUGGUAGUGGAAAAGCAUCAAACUCUGGACACUGGUAUGAAACCUCCACCGCCUAAGCUAGCACCAGAAACUUCUCUGAAUGAGACAGACUUGCUCAGAAAAUUGGAUAAAAAUUCAAGAGUUUCUAUCAUGUCAUCCCCCUCAAAUUUAGUUUUGGUGAGUAAUCAAGUGACAGAAACACUACCCAAGGACAAUAAACCUGAGAUACUGCAAAGUGGUUCCAUUGCUUUAAGCAAAAACUCCACAACCAUUAACAUCAUAAUCAAGAAGAAUGGGGGGACACCAACAAUAUCAAUAUCCCAAAUGAAUAGUUUAUUAUUUCAGAAUCGAGUUUCUUUCAACUCAAAGAGGGCAGAACGGCUCCCAGUCCGUGAUAGGGAACUUAUAUAUGCAAAAUUACAGAUUGAGAAUGCUCCUAUUGUAAGGAAUGAUCCAGAACUUCAUGUUUCUGUUUUUCGCAAUCUCUCUACAUUUAAAAGGAGUUAUCAGUUGAUGGAACGCAUGCUCAAAGUCUAUAUCUACAGAGAAGGAGAAAAACCAAUUUUCCAUCAGCCAAAUCUGAAGGGAAUAUAUGCCUCUGAAGGAUGGUUUAUGAAAUUAAUGGAAGGAAACAAACAGUUUGUUGUGAAGGACCCAAGAAAAGCUCACUUGUUUUACUUACCUUUUAGUUCGCAAAUAGUAAGGACAAUUUUGUAUACACGUGAGAAUUUCCAUGGUGGGAGGAACCUAGCUCUGUAUUUGAAGAAAUAUGUGGACACGGUGGCAGCUAAAUACCAUUUUUGGAAUAGAACUGAUGGAGCAGAUCAUUUUCUUGUUGCUUGCCAUGAUUGGGCCCCUAGAAUAACAAGGCAUCAUAUGAGUAAAUGCAUCAGAGCUCUUUGCAAUACUAAUAUUGCUAGAGGCUUUCAAAUAGGCAAGGAUGUGAGCCUUCCAGUAACAUCUGUGCGUAGCAUGAAGAAUCCUCUAAGAUACCUUGGAGGCAAACCCCCUUCAGAGAGGCCUACUUUGGCAUUCUUUGCUGGAAGCAUGCAUGGAUAUCUCCGUCCAAUCUUGCUACAGUACUGGGAAAACAAAGACCCAGAGAUGAAAAUAUUUGGUCCAAUGCCUCGGGAUAUUGAAGGCAAAAUGAAUUACAUUGAGCACAUGAGGAGUAGCAAGUAUUGCAUCUGUGCUAGGGGCUAUGAAGUCCACACUCCUCGGGUCGUGGAGGCAAUCUUCUAUGAGUGUGUGCCAGUGAUAAUAUCUGAUAACUAUGUGCCACCAUUCUUUGAGGUCUUAGACUGGGAAGCAUUUGCUGUCUUCAUUGCAGAGAAAGAUAUUCCAAAUUUGAAGAAUAUUCUCCUUUCAAUUCCAGAGGAAGUCUACCUUGCAAUGCAGCUGAGAGUGAAGAAGGUGCAACAGCAUUUUCUGUGGCACAGUAAGCCUGUGAAGUAUGACAUAUUUCAUAUGACCCUUCAUUCAAUUUGGAGCAAUAGGAUUUACCAGAUAUAGCACAGAUAAGGAUGUGGCAAAGAUUUUAGAUUCUUGAAUCUGAGAACAUAGGAGAAUGAGCACAUCUGAAAGACUGAUUUGCCACCCAGAGCAGAAGGUGACACAACAAAGGGAGAAUGGAAACACAAAUAACUACAGUAUGUGAGCAUAGAGGUGGACAAGUGAAAGAGUUAAAUGUUUUGCUGAAUCUGUCUCUUUCUGUCUAGAUCUUCUCCCAUGUCAGUACAAUAAAGAGAAGGUUAUGGUUGAAAGUAAACAUGUUAUAAAACGAAGAGAAGUAUCAUGGUAGUUGCUGAGCCUUUCAGUAAAUGCCUUGCCAAUAGACCAUUGUAUAACUGAGUUCAUUGUUCAUAAAAGGGACUCAAGCCUUUACAUAGCACUUUUUUUUUUUCUAUCACUUUGUUUCAUCAGUGGAGAUACAGCGGCGAAGUAUAAUUUAAUGGAGUAGAUCAUAUGGACUAAUAGUGGUCACUGCAGCAGUUUGGAUGGUCAAAAAACUUUCUAUUGAUAUGGAUUUCCAUUUGUUCA